CAUCUGUCACUGUCUGCUGAUGAAGGUACGACGUCUCUUUGACCUCAUCUGAACGGAACUUUAACAGCGGAACAAGCUGACAGUAGGAAGCCACGAUGACGGCAGUGGACCUUUUCAACACUUUGGAGGAUUUAAAAGAAGAGGAAUUUAAGAAAUUCAAAUGGUGUCUGCAGCAAGACAUCCUGGAAGGCUACCAAAGCAUCAAAGUGUCCAAGUUGGAGAACGCAGAAAGGCAGGACACGGUGGAUGUAUUGGUGAAUACCUAUCAACUUCAAGGAGCUCUGAAGGUGACCAAGAAGGUUUUAGAAAUGAUCAAAAGGAAUGAUCUGGUGCAGAGUCUGCCAGACACCAGCUCAGGACCAGAAGAUCACAAGAUGCAUGAUGUUGUUCCUCUGAAAGAAGAAUAUGAAAGAAAGAAGGCCGAAGCUGGAAUUCAGCAGAUGAUCCAGAAGAGACGAGUGAAGAUUCAGGAGAUAAAACGCUCGGUCGACCUCAGUGAGGAAGAUGCAGACAGAGAGAUAGCAGAAGGUGUUCAGGUCUUCACUUCUCUGAAGGAGUCUGUUGAGAAAGGCCUGAAUGAGCUCAUCAACACGAUCAAAGAGAAGCAGAAAACAACAGAAAAACAGGCCGAAGCUUUCAUCAAAGAGCUGGAACAGGAAAUCUCUGAGCUGAUGAAGAGAAGCACUGAGGUGGAGCAGCUCUCAUGCUCUGAAGACCACCUCUAUCUUCUCCAGAGUGUGCAGUCCCUAAACAUCCAACAACCUCCACCCACCAAGGACUGGACAGAGGUCAGCAUCCGUCCAUCAUAUGAGGGGACUGUGGUGAGAGCUGUGGUUCAGCUGGAGGAGACACUCAGUAAAGAGAUGAAGAAGCUGCUUGAAGCCGAGCUGAAGAGGGUCCAGCAGUAUGCAGUGGAUGUGACUUUUGAUCCUGAUACAGCACAUCCUGCUCUCAAAUUGUCUGAUGAUGGGAAACAAGUGAAUCUUGGUGAUCUACUAUCUAUACUACUUAGGAAGAAUCUCCCAGACAACCCAGAGAGAUUUUCUAAGUGCGCUAGUGUUUUAGGAAAUCAGAGUUUCUCUUCAGGCAGAUUUUAUUUUGAGGUUCAAGUUAAAGGAAAGACUGAUUGGGAUUUAGGAGUGGCCAGAGAGUCAAUCAACAGGAAGGGAGGCAUCACACUGAACCCUCAGAAUGGUUACUGGACAAUAUGGUUGAGAAAUGGAAAUGAGUACAGAGCUCUAGCUGGCUCUCAUAUCCUUCUCUCUCUGAAGUGUCGGCCUCAGAAGGUGGGGGUGUUUGUGGAUUAUGAGAAGGGUCUGGUGUCCUUUUAUGACGUAGAUGCUGCAGCUCUUAUCUACUCCUUUACUGGCUGCUCCUUCACUGAGAAACUCCUCCCAUACUUCGGUCCCUGUUUUAAUGAUGCCGGUAAAAACUCUGCCCCUCUGAUCAUCUCUCCUGUCAGCAGUGGCGGUCUUAACAUAGAGGCAUAGUUAGGCAGCUGC